AUGCCUAGAAAACGCAUCAAUCGUUCGCCGCAUGUAGAAAAAAGAACCGACGACGUGGACGACGACGAUUUUCUUUUUGAUGACUCUCAAUCUGGUUCUGGAAAAAGUGGUCAUGAGCCGCAACACAGGAAUGCUGCUAAUGCUCGAGAACGUGCCCGUAUGAGAGUGCUUUCAAAAGCUUUUUGUAGAUUGAAAACCACUUUGCCGUGGGUGCCGGCGGAUACGAAAUUGUCAAAACUCGACACUCUACGGCUGGCGGCCUCGUAUAUAGCGCAUCUACGAGCGCUGCUACACGAGCCGAGAUCUGCGCACACGCCGCCGCAUCCUCUUAACUUGGCUUGGCCGUUUGCAUUUCAACACGGUGGCACUUUAAGUUGUUCAAUUUCUCAAAGAUGGAGUCUAAAUGGACAAAACUCUGAAUCUCCUGUCAACAAUCGAAGUCAAAUUCAACGGGAAAUUCAAAAUGGCGUCAAUUGCAAUGACAAUUACGGGCAGGAGUACUCGGAAAACGAUUACGACGAAAGAAAUUAUGAUGAAAGAAAUGAAGUCAAUAAUGCAAUGCAAUUUUGUAAUUAUGGUUAUAAAGAAAAUUUUUACGAAAUGAGAAAUUAUUCGUCCGAUAGCUUGAUGAAUAAUGUG